CCCCUUACAGUGGAGGAAGGAAUCAAACUCCCAAGAUGGCGGCGGCGUCUGAGGAGCGGAUGGCUGAGGAAGGAGGCGGCGGCCACGGCGACGGUGGCUCCGGUUCGGCCACCGGCUCCGCUCAGCGACAGGCCCCGCAGCCCCCGUCGCAGGCCCCGCAGCCGGGGUCCCAGGCCCCCGCCGCGCCCGCGCUGGCUCCGGACCACCUGCCUCAAAACAACACACUGGUGGCGCUGCCCAUCGUAGCCAUCGAGAACAUACUCAGCUUUAUGUCCUACGACGAAAUUAGCCAGCUCCGCCUGGUUUGUAAAAGAAUGGACUUGGUCUGUCAGAGAAUGUUGAAUCAGGGGUUUCUGAAAGUGGAGAGGUACCAUAAUCUGUGUCAGAAGCAAGUUAAAGCACAACUCCCGAGGAGAGAGUCGGAAAGGAGAAACCAUUCGUUAGCUCGUCAUGCAGACAUACUUGCUGCCGUGGAAACGAGGCUGUCACUGUUAAAUAUGACCUUCAUGAAGUAUGUGGAUUCCAAUCUCUGUUGCUUCAUCCCAGGAAAGGUGAUUGAUGAGAUUUACCGUGUGCUGAGAUAUGUCAAUUCUACCAGAGCCCCUCAGCGAGCUCACGAGGUGCUGCAGGAGUUGCGGGAUAUUUCCUCCAUGGCAAUGGAGUACUUUGACGAGAAGAUUGUUCCUAUUCUGAAGAGGAAGUUGCCAGGGUCAGAUGUAUCUGGAAGACUCAUGGGCUCUCCUCCAGUUCCUGGGCCAUCUGCAGCCCUGACAACAAUGCAGCUCUUCUCCAAGCAAAACCCCUCAAGACAAGAGGUCACCAAACUGCAGCAGCAGGUUAAAACCAAUGGUGCUGGCGUGACUGUCCUCAGGCGUGAGAUUUCUGAGCUUCGCACCAAAGUGCAAGAACAGCAGAAACAGCUUCAAGACCAAGACCAGAAACUGCUAGAGCAGACCCAGAUCAUAGGUGAACAGAAUGCACGCUUGGCAGAGCUGGAACGGAAGCUUCGAGAAGUCAUGGAAAGUGCCGUAGGAACAUCCUCAGGGUCUGGGCAGAGUGAGGAGUCUCCUCGGAAACGAAGGAAGGCAACAGAAGCCAUAGACUCUCUUAGGAAAUCCAAACGACUUCGGAAUAGAAAGUAAGUUGGAACACGGCUCUGGCUGCAAAGGAAGACCCCCUGUGGCUGGGAGCUGGAGCAGUCACUCCUGUCAGGGUACUGGAGCAACAUGGUGUCCCUUAGGCUUCCAGGCGAUCAGACACAACUUACACUUGGCUCUUGUGGUUGGCAUCCUUCGCGCUUCUCUGGUGGAGCUGAUGCACAGAACCUUCUUACUUUGCAAUAGAUUUGUACUAACCAGGCCCGUUCUCUCAUGUUUGGGGCUAACUUUUCCCCUGUGCAGGUGAUGUGUUAAGUUUAUUUGUUUCUGCAUAUAUGCACAUUACAUAUGGACUUUAAACAAACCCAUUCUUGACAGACUAAAAGUUAAGUUUAAUACAUAAAAUGUCCUGUUCACUUGAAAGAAAAAAAAUCUACUUUUUAAAUGGACACUAUCUUGUUUUUUUAAAAAAGUUGACUUUUUGUUUGUUAUAAGUGACCUUUGUCUGGAAUGUCUGAGAAGCAGUUCAUGCUUUGGUAUUGAAGUGAUGGGUAACGGAAGGACCGCAGAGUGGGGACUGUAGAGGGGCUCUACAGUGCUGACUAUUUUUAUAAACUACUGGCGAGGGAUGUUUGCAGCCGUUAGAUAUAUGCUUUCAGUUUUCUCUGGGGCCAUUCCCUACAUCUGCAUGGAUGGAUGCAUGCGUUGCCUAGUCAGCUCCCUUCCCAGCUCUUGACUGGUGUUGGUCUUGAACCUGUAUCCUCUCCACAUGGUGGAGCUGCGCCUUCACUGAUGUAAGCGCUUGCCACCUUCCUCUUCAGUCCAUUUGUCCUCCAGUUCUACAGGCACAAGAGACUGUUAAAGUCCGUUGACAUAGCUCUUCUUUGUAGGGUUCAGGUACACUGGCUAAGACAGAACCCCAAAUCCAAGGCUCUUCCUAUAGUGCUCAGACCUCGGGGAACUAGUUAGGAUCUUGAUGUCUGACUGUAUUCAUGGGUCACCAUGACUGAAUAGGGACCCAACUGAAGGAAAGUUCAUUGAAGAAAAGUGUACCAUGAAAAAAAGUUUGAUCAUUUCAUUUCUGGGGGGUGAGCGGAGCAAAGCUUUUUAACACCACUUUCAAGCUCUUGUUAGAACUCUGAGUAGAAGCUUUAGUCUUCUUUGCACUCCUGUCUUGAGCUUGUAACUGGAAAAGCAGGUCUUGCACUGUUCAACCUUCUGAGUGGUCACUUUUAACACCUUUCAAAUUGUAUAAAGUGGUUCUUUCCCCCAGCUGUAUAUUUUUGAAACAUUCAACUAUCACUGUCCUAUUUUUAUUUUAAUGUGCUAAAUUAUGUAGUUUUGUUCUUUUAAAGAUAUGUUGCUUUGAACUUCAGUUAUUUAUAGUAAAUUUAGAUGUAAGGUAGUAAAAACUGUCCCUUUCCAGGUGAAAGUUGACACCUGUAUAAAACUAAGAUUUUGGUAAAUCCCACCGUGGGAGAAAAGCGCGAGGUUGUCAUCCGUCCAACAUGACAUGUUAUGCAUCCUUUAGAUUACUUUUACCAAGUGACAUUCUCCUACCCAUUCUUAGUAUUGUCCCUUCAUGAUCCUGCCCUUAGGGUUUGUUCAAGUCUCUGUCUGAUUUGAAAGUCCAUCUACAAUGCAGUGUGUUUUCAGUGAGAAACCAUACCGUGGCAUCCAAGUGUUUCAUGGUUUGUUGGGAACAUAAUUUUAAAAUAAACAGUUUCCUAAAAAGAUUUGUCAGCCAAGGUCAUCCAUAAGGUCCCUGUCUGGAACUUGUUUUCUCAGCACGUACCACUUUUACAGUCCUAGGAUGUAGCCGUAUCACCAUAGCCUUGGAGGAGGCCUCUCGAGUGCUCAGAGCUUGGCUUUGCCAGCUUGCUGUUCUGGUAGAGGAAGACUUUUGAAGCACCAGAGUACAGGUUUUCAAAGUAUAACCCUUCUGCAUCAAAGAAAUAAGCCCGAUGUUAUUUCUUCAAUAAUUAUUAAAAAAUGUCUCGAUUUUUUUUUUUUUUUCAAACUACAUCUAACUAGCCUAAGUGUAAUCUCUAGUCUUCAUUGGCUAGUGCAAGAACACGGCUCUCAUAGUGGACCUGUGGUCCUCGGCCAUCAG